CUGCAAUUUAGCUUUUGCCACAAUUCUAAUCCCCCUGCAUCUGGAAAAGAUUCUUCCGCACUCUCUUUCACAAUCAGAGUACGAAUUCGAACGCCAUAGGCAACCUUCCAACCUUCCAGAACCAGAACAAGAUUCGUCAAGCACUUCACCGGUCGACGCAAAGCUUGAACUAUCGAAAACUAAGCAAGCCACUCGAAGCCAUCUGGAAGAUAUCAACCGCACUCAGCGAGUCCGAAGUCUUCGGCGGAACCCACGGGUGCCUGGCAAAUCUCUUUGCGCAAUUUCCAGUCGCUAAAUCCAGGAUUUCGAUCGAUUGGCUGUCUCAGGUAAGGGCAAUUGACCGCCAAUCAACGUCUCGGAUGUCUAGGGCAAGUGGAAUCCAGCCCGAAAUUUGGAAAGCAUCGUGACCCCCGCCUUACCAAAUACGGUAACCCCACGACUUCCAAGUGGAGCUCCGAGUGGAUGUACGUCCGAUAUCCAUGUAUCCAUUCCGAUCAGAGUUUGCUUGGGCCAACCUCCUCGCGAUAUCUACAGUACUGUACAAUUGCAACAUGCCGACGCCAGCCCGGACCAUGGAUGCUUUUCAGGGACGGAGACCGCUGCCUGGCCUCAUUGGCGACGAGCUAGCUUAACUAGGAGCCACACACCGUGUAUCCGGGGUUCCAACGCAAAUAAUCACCCUCGCCGACCAUGGAAUAUCACGUAACUCUUUUCUGGGUUCCCGUUCCCCGCCGAACCGCGAGUGGCGCACGUUGCAGUUCAAAGUCAACCACGUAGCGUUCUCUCUGGAUCUCUGAAAUUGGAUUAUCUGAAAAGUAUAAUUCCCAUUACCCCCGAAUAUCCUUCCCGAGGACUGGGUUUCUGCUGCAACGGAUUUCUUAUCAAGGGACGCGUCCGUCUCUUGCUGCGCACCACUUCGCAACGGCAUGCUUCAGUUCUAGCGGGCUCUGUUCGUCUCCACCGUUCUUCUUCGGCCGACGGGAUCCUCGCCAUGUCAAACAGUAACGGCCACUCCCUAGAAAGGGGUAUUUGGGCCGCGGUGAUCAUUGCGGCGCUGAUCGUUGUCCUGAGGGUCUUUGCGAAGAUCAAAAUCAAACGGUUUUACGUCGACGAUGUCUUGAUGAUCAUUGCACAGUUUCUGAUCAUCGCAUCGACCGUCUUUCUCAGCCUUUGUGUGAAUCAUGGCUUCGGCGGUGAUCUCACCAAGUUGGCCAAGGCGGACUCCGAGCUAGUCUUGAAGUAUAUCGCGAUCCAGAUUCCUCUCGUCACGUUUAGCACCACCAUUGCCCGUUCCGGUUUCAUUAUCUACCUCAUCGCCGUUCUCGGCACGAACAGGUCGUACAAGAUUGCACUUUGGGUGGUUCUGGCGAUUCAGGCAGCGGGCAAUAUCACUUCGGCAGUGCUCCCCUUGAGCAUCUGUCGCGAUGUGAGGGCUUUGUGGGAUCUCCAGGCGGCAUUAAAUACCACUUGUGGUGACACUGCAGCGGUCAUCAAGUUCGCCUAUUACUCGAACACUUUCAACUCGGCCACCGAUCUUUUCCUCGCGGUCUUCCCCACGGUCGUUUUCUGGAAUCUCAAUCUCAAAUUGCGCAUCAAGAUCGGUCUCAUCGUUCUCCUGAGCAUGGGCUUCAUCGCCAUGAUUGCCUCCAUUAUCAAAACCACGAAACUGAGUUCGCUGCCCGGCAUUACCGACCUUGGCGCCACUGGUGGAGUCGAGCUGAUCCGCUGGGGUUACGUCGAGUGCACCAUCAUCAUCAUCACCUCGUCCAUUCCUUGCAUCCGUCCUUUGAUCAUCUCUUCCGUCCGCAAAUUCUCCAGCGUCACCCGCUCCUACGAACUCUCAGGACCUUUUAGCGGCCACCGCACUCAGGGAAACGAGACCAACCACUCCAAAAUGGCCCGACGAUUCAACAAGUCGCACAAUUUGGAGAAUGGCAGCGUCGAGCGAAUCCUGGAUCAGAGUACGCAUACUAGCACCACCAUCGGUGGACGAGCCGACUCGCCCGAGCGGGAGUAUCCCGGUAUCACCAAGCAGGUCGAGAUCUCGGUGAUUAGUGAUGAGCAGCCUCGGAGACAUUGAUUACUGUAUCUCUUCUCACUUCUUCAUUCCUUCUAUUAUCUCUCUAAUCUUUUCUGUCAAGAUCCCCCCUUGUUUUCUUUUUUCGUUUUUCUUUUUUCUAACGAUUGCAUAUAUGCACUGGUUUCGUAGCGUCUAGACUAGCAUUACAUAGUCGCAUGAUAAUGUUCGAGAUUCAAUUAUACAAUUAAACUUCCCACGUGUGCCUCUCACCACGUGCAUUGCCAAGUUCACUGACUCGUGGCUGGGGCCCAUUGCUGCGUCAUCUAGAC